AUGACAAAGGUGAUCAGAACGACGAGAUGUUGGCUGCUCGUCGUGGUGGUAGUUAAAGAAAGAGGGGAACGAACAAGGAAUGUCAGAAGAACGAUAACGUGGAGAAUAAGAAACCCAGGGUGCCAAAACCACAAGGGGAGGAAGAGACAGAGUUCUUGGAGGAGAAACGUAACCUUGAAGAUUUAUGGAAAAAAGCUGCAUUUCCAGUGGGAACUGAUGCACUUUAGGGACUGGGACUUCAAACACCUAGAAGAAGCCUUGGAGGAAGGAGGGUUUCUCUUCUUGGCUUUGCAGAACCUCAACACUUUCUUCACAAUGAUCAACACUACUUUGUCAAAUGUCCCAACGUUCUCUGACUCGGAGGAAGAUGGUAUUGAAGAGUACUGUAGUACUGAGGUAUACAUGAUGUUCCCUUAUGACCCGGCGGUUACGUGUUUGUUCGACUGGGAGUUUGCUGAUGCAAUGAUCAAAUUUGAAGGCUUGUCUCCAGAAAUAAAGGAAGAGUUCAAAGAGCUUGUGGAAGAGCGUGUUCGAGUAGGAAAGAAAGCUCACCAAGCGGCAAGAUAUAGGAGAGCGAUUGAAAGAAUGAAUACUAGGCAAGCCUCUUAA